AUGGUGAAGGAUGGACAAGGAGGAAUUCUUUCAGGAGUAAAUCCUGCAAGUUAUAGCGAAUCAAAUCCAAUUGUAUUAUUCAUAAUACAAGUAAUUCUAAUUAUAGUAGUCACGCGGGCCAUUCAUUAUUUGUUAAUUUGGUUCCGUCAACCGCGUGUUAUUUCCGAAGUGGUUGGGGGUAUUAUACUCGGACCUUCAGUAUUAGGAAGAAUACCUGGAUUUAAGGAUCAUAUAUUUCCCAAAGAAUCCUUGACUAAUUUAAAUUUAUUAGCAACUUUGGGUUUAAUUCUAUUCUUAUUUAUUGUUGGGGUAGAAUUAAAUCCCAAAUUGUUAUUAAAAAAUGCAAGAAUGGCAGUAACAAUAUCGGCUGCUGGUAUCGCUUUACCAUUUACUCUUGGAAUCGGUGUCGGAUAUGGAUUAUAUAAAUUGAUGAAUAAUGAUAGCGCUUUUCCAGUGCUUGCACGAAUUUUGUCCGAACUCCAAUUACUACGAACACCCGUAGGAAUUACUGCACUUACUGCUGGUGUUGGAGACGAUAUAUGUGCUUGG